GUGUCUCCCCUCUCUCUCUCUCUCUCUCUCUCUCUCUCUCUCUCCAGUCCCCAGCGCGCGACACGAGUCAAGCUCUCAGCCGCCGCCGGCGAUCGCCGGAGCUACGUGCAGGUGGUUCUGAGCACGACCGGCGUGUGCCAUGGUGAGGAGCGCGAGUAUGCGGCGGCCCUCGGUGCCCACGCCGCCGGCGGUGCCGGUGUUCACCGCGUCGCCUGGCGACUACCGACUGCUGGAGGAGGUGGGCUACGGCGCGAACGCGGUCGUGUACCGCGCGGUAUUCAUUCCUUCCAAUCGGAUGGUCGCUGUGAAGUGCCUGGAUCUCGAUCGGGUCAACAGUAACCUCGAUGAAGUACGAAAGGAGGCUCAAACAAUGAGCUUGAUAGAUCACCCUAAUGUCAUCAGGGCUUACUGCUCAUUUGUUGUGGAUCAUAACCUUUGGGUGGUAAUGCCAUUCAUGUCAGAGGGGUCAUGUUUGCACUUAAUGAAGGUUGCAUAUCCUGAUGGUUUCGAGGAGCCGGUUAUCGCCUCUAUUCUGAAGGAAACACUUAAGGCUCUAGAGUACCUCCAUAGGCAAGGACAUAUACACCGGGAUGUGAAGGCAGGUAAUAUCCUUAUUGAUAGUCCUGGUGUAGUCAAGCUUGGGGACUUUGGGGUCUCUGCUUGCAUGUUCGAUAGAGGUGAUAGGCAGAGGGCUAGGAAUACAUUUGUGGGAACACCAUGCUGGAUGGCUCCAGAAGUUCUCCAGCCUGGAACCGGAUAUAACUUCAAAGCUGAUAUAUGGUCAUUUGGAAUAACUGCACUGGAGCUAGCACAUGGACAUGCUCCCUUUUCAAAGUACCCUCCCAUGAAGGUUCUUCUCAUGACCCUUCAAAAUGCUCCACCAGGUCUUGACUAUGACCGUGAUAGAAGAUUCUCGAAGUCCUUCAAGGAAAUGGUUGCAAUGUGCUUGGUGAAAGAUCAAACAAAGAGGCCAACAGCCGAAAAACUACUUAAGCAUUCUUUUUUCAAGAAUGCAAAGCCUCCGGAGCUGACUGUUAAGAGUAUCUUAACUUAUUUGCCCCCUCUUUGGGAUCGUGUAAAGGCACUCCAGCUAAAAGAUGCAGCACAACUGGCUUUGAAGAAAAUGCCUUCUUCCGAACAGGAAGCACUUUCCAUGAGUGAGUACCAACGAGGUGUCAGUGCAUGGAACUUCGAUAUUGAGGAUCUAAAGGCUCAAGCUUCACUGAUUUACGAUGACGAUCCAACUGAAUUAAAAGAAGAUGAUGACAGUGUUAGAAUAACUGACAUUGAUAAGGAUACAUCUUGUGAGAGUCUUUUUGGAAAGCCAACACCAUUGAAUGGAAAUAACUGCAGUGAACGAACUUCUGCUGCAGUAAAUCCAGUUCUCAAUGGCCCUGAAAUAAGUGAAGCAUUGGCUUCCAACCUUGGUAGUGCUGAUAGUGAAAGGAAGGCUGAUGGACAUAGAAACCAAGGAUCAGAAAAUGAUUCAUUACCCUCUACAUUGAAGCAUGAUCCUGAUAGAAAAAAAUGUGGAAGUGAAGUUAGACAAAAACAAAGGACUUACUCCAGUCCAAUUCUGCAAUCUGGUUUACAUAACAUUUCGAUGACUGAAAAGGGCCACAUUAUUGAAAGGGAUGCAGGAGGUCAAUUGGUAUUUGACAAACAAAAGAAUGGUACUAGAAGAACCAAUAAUCUUAGUGGUCCUCUGUCACUUCCAACUCGUGCUUCUGCAAAUAGUCUGUCUGCUCCUAUUCGGUCAUCUGCAGGUUAUGUAGGCUCUUUGGGAGAUAAACCUAAGCGCAAUAUGGUGGAAAUAAAAGGCCGCUUUUCAGUGACAUCUGAGAAUGUGGAUCUUGCAAAGGUUCAAGAAGUUCCAGUGAGCAGUGUCUUACGCAAUUUGCAAGAGGGACCUUCACUGAGAAAAUCAGCCAGUGUUGGUAAUUCGUCAGUGAAUGCUAAGCCAAUGUCUACUAGUCAUCAACGGAAGGAACUCUGCAAUAGCUCUGUAUCUGCAUCGAUUCUGAUUCCCCACCUUCAAAACCUUGUAAAGCAGACUGCAUUUCAGCAAGAUAUGAUUACGAACCUACUAAGUAGCUUGCAGCAAAAUGAGAAAGUUGAUGCAGCCCAGACAAGAGUUCAGACUAUGGGGAAUGGUAUGGUGGUUGAAAUGGCUAGUGCUGAGGGAGAAUGCUCGUUACUUGUUAAAUUUUUUGAAUUACAAUCUAGAAUGAUUUCUUUAACUGAUGAAUUGAUUGCGGCAAAGCUGAAACAUGUCCAGCUGCAAGAAGAGCUAAAUGCGUUGUACUGCCAAGAGGAAAUCAUCGACGCGAGAGAGGACGAAAAUGAAGAAGCAUGAUGUGUUAUGCCAGCUUUUUCUUAGUAGGAAGACUAAAAACAACCUGCUCCCGGCUCAUGCAUUGAGGCUUGGCUAACCGGCUGCAACAAGGUGUUUGCAUUGCUGCAAAGCCAGCUAACUCCGGCUCUCGUUAGACAAGGAAAUUGUUGUGCAAUCUGGAACCUACGAUGAAUUUGAAGGAGAGGGGAGAGCUCUUGGAGGUGUAUGAUCGUUGAUGGUCAGCUUGGGCUUGUUGUUACAAGUGUGCAUAUUCAGUCCAUCUAUUCAGUCCGGGUUUAGUUCAUUCAGUGAGUUUUUAGGUGUUUAUGACAUUGUGGUGUCCAUUCAUUUUGGCCGCACCUAUGAUUGAGAUGGUCAUGAUUCCAGUCUCUAAUAUAGUAUAGCAGUAUAGCACCAUUGUACCGCAGAAAGACUGCGAGAGUAAUUGCAUUACAUCUAGAAACAGCAGAAUGUAUAUGUAGCUAAAUGUUAGCACCUUUUUGGAAAUACAUUUGCUGCUCUUAUCGACCGCUUA